ACAGGCAUAAACAGGAUGUGGUGGUAGAUGAAACCUUUCCCCUACCCUACACCCCGCCCCCCAAGUGCUCAUCCCCACCCCUAGAAGACUGCAGAACUGAGAAAAGAAGAGACCUGUGGACAGAAAAGUCAUGUCCGACUCCCUGGUGGUGUGCGAGGUGGACCCAGAACUAAAGGAAAAGCUGAGGAAAUUCCGCUUCCGAAAAGAGACAGACAAUGCAGCCAUAAUAAUGAAGGUGGACAAAGACCGGCAGAUGGUGGUGCUGGAGGAAGAAUUUCAGAACAUUUCUCCAGAGGAACUAAAAACAGAGUUGCCGGAGAGACAGCCCAGGUUCGUGGUUUACAGCUACAAGUACGUGCACGAAGACGGCCGGGUGUCCUACCCCUUGUGUUUCAUCUUCUCCAGCCCUGUAGGCUGCAAACCUGAACAACAGAUGAUGUACGCGGGGAGUAAGAACAGACUGGUGCAGACGGCAGAGCUCACGAAGGUGUUUGAAAUCCGCACCACUGAUGACCUCACAGAGACCUGGCUGCAGGAGAAGUUGUCUUUCUUUCGUUGACCUAUGGGUUGGGAACCCAAGUUCCUGAUGUCUGAGUCCCCAAAGAAUCUGGGGGCUUGGAUCCCUAGGACCUGAAUGUCUGAAACCUUAGAGGAAUUAAAAUGCAA